AUGUGGGUGGGUGACCCCUGGGAUUCAGAGCUGGGCAGGAAGUGCAUGGUGGAUGCAGUCAUGAAAAUAGGGACUAGUUUCUGAGUAGGACUUGUUUUCUCACUUAUCUUCUUUAAAAGAAGAACGUGGCCAUUAGCCUUUAGUUCUGGCAUGGGAUGGGGAAUGGCCUACUCCAACUGUCAGCAUGAUUUCCAGGCUCCAUAUCUUCUACAUGAAAAAUAUGUCAAAGAGCAGGAGCAGUGA